AGUAAAUUAACAAGCAUUUGAAUGACAAAAACUGUAGUAAAACGUUGUUUCCCAUCGUCUUACAGUUAUUUGAGGGCUCAAAUUGAAAGAAAGCCUUAAAAGCGAGAACAAAUUAAAAAUGCCCCGAGAUGGAAGAUCAUACAGAAGAAGAUCAAAGUCAAGAUCAAGGAGUACUUCAAGGGAGAGAAAGAAGAAACACAGAAGUAGAUCAAGAAGUCCUAAAAGAAGAUCAAGGUCAAGAGAGAGAGAUAGAGAAAGAAGAAGGUCAAGAUCAAAAGAAAGACGUAGGUCUAAAGAAAGGAGACGAUCAAGAUCAAAAGAAAGACGAAGAUCAAGAUCAAAAGAUCGCAGAAGAUCUAGGUCCAGAGAGAGAGACAGAAGGCGGUCUAGAUCACGUGAUAGAGAUAAGAGGAAAAGAUCAAGAUCCAGGUCACCAAACAGCAGAAAGAAUGAUGAUGACCGUGUUAUCCACAAGGAAGGGGCUCUGAAUGUUAAAGAUGAACCUCUUGAUAAGGAAGAAGAGCAGAAAAGAUUGGAAUUGGAGAUGGAUAAGAGAAGAAAAAGAAUAGAAGAAUGGAGAGCAGAAAGGAAAAAGAAAGCUGAACUGUUACCUGUUAAUUUUGCCCCUCCUUCUAAAAAAUGGUCUCUGGAGGAUGAUGAUGAAGAGGAAGAGGAAGAACCUUCUCAAACAGGAGGGGAUGGAGAUGAGGAAGAUCCCCUUGAUGCCUUCAUGCAGACAAUUGAAAAAAAAUCAGAGAAAAAAGAUGUGAAACCUGUGAAGACUGAAAAUGCCUCAAAUGGUGAAACAAAGAAGUUUACAAUGAUAACUGCAACCAAAAAGAAAGUUGAUAAUACGAUUGUGAAAGGAGAACUCAUGGAGAAUAAUGUUGAUGCUAUGGAGUAUUCUUCUGAAGAUGAAGAAGAUGAUUUGGAUACCACAAUGUUGAAGAUAGCUAAGGAGAAAAACAAGAAAAAGGAAAUGAUAACAGUAGACCACGACAGGAUAUAUUACGCACCAUUCAGGAAGAACUUUUAUGUUGAAGUACCUGAGAUUGCCAGAAUGACACAAGAAGAAGUAGAUGCUUACCGAUUAGAUUUAGAAGGAAUUAAAGUACAAGGUAAAGGCUGUCCUAAACCUAUUAAGAACUGGGCACAGUGUGGUUGUAGUAGUAAAGUCAUGAGUGUUCUCAAAUUACAUAACUAUGAGAAGCCUACUCCCAUUCAGGCCCAGGCUAUACCGACAAUAAUGUCUGGUAAAGAUCUGAUUGGUAUAGCCAAGACAGGAAGUGGUAAGACUCUGGCCUUCCUUAUACCAAUGUUCCGACACAUCAUGGAUCAGCCACCAUUAGACGAAGAGGAUGGACCAAUAGCUAUUAUAAUGACACCCACUAGAGAGCUAGCUAUGCAGAUUCAUACUGAGUGUAAAAAGUUCGCCAAGGUAUUUGGUUUAAAGUCUGUCUGUGUGUAUGGAGGAACUGGGAUAUCUGAACAGAUUGCUGAAUUAAAAAGAGGAUGUGAAAUUAUUGUGUGCACUCCUGGCAGAAUGAUUGACAUGUUGUCAGCCAAUAAUGGACGUGUUACAAACUUGAGGAGAUGUACUUACAUUGUGUUAGAUGAAGCAGAUAGAAUGUUUGACAUGGGUUUCGAACCCCAAGUAACAAGGAUAGUUGAGUGUGUAAGACCAGACAGACAGACUGUUAUGUUCUCGGCUACUUUUCCAAGACAGAUGGAGGCCCUGGCUAGAAAGAUUCUACAGAAACCUAUAGAAGUACAAGUUGGAGGGAGGAGUGUUGUAUGCAAAGAUGUAGAACAACAUGUUAUCAUAAUCGAUGAAGACCGAAAGCUCUUAAAACUACUGGAGAUACUAGGUGUCUACCAAGAAAGAGGGAGUGUUUUGAUAUUUGUUGAUAAACAAGAACAUGCUGACGACCUGAUGAAAGAUUUGUUGAAACAUUCCUAUCCCUGUAUGUCCUUACACGGAGGGAUAGAUCAGUAUGAUAGAGAUAGUAUUAUACAAGACUUCAAAACAGGAAAUGUUAAACUUCUGAUUGCCACUUCUGUGGCUGCUAGAGGUUUAGAUGUAAAACAUUUGAUCCUGGUAGUUAAUUUUAACUGUCCUAACCAUUAUGAAGAUUAUGUACAUAGAUGUGGGCGCACAGGUCGAGCUGGAAAUAAAGGUUUUGCAUUUACUUUUGUAACUCCAGAACAGGAGAGAUAUUCAGGGGACAUAAUAAAGGCUUUAGAACUAUCGGGAGCAGAAAUACCAGCAGAACUGAAUACUAUUUGGGAAUUGUACAAAGUUAGAGCAAAGAUGGAUGGCAAGAAUAUAAGGAACAGUGGUUUCCAUGGGCGAGGGUUUAAGUUUGAUGAGACUGAGGCACAUCUAGCCGACGAACGUAAGAAACUACAGAAGAAGGCCCUCGGUUUACAGGAUUCUGAUGAUGAAGAUGCUGGAGUUGAUAUUGAAGAACAAAUAGAAAAUAUGUUCGCCAGUAUCAAACGUGUCACUAAUGUGUCCCACCCUGUCCUGACAAAUCCUACACAGAACCCAGCAGCCAUUGCACAACAGACGAAUCAACAGAAACUAGAACUAGCCAAACGUCUGGCAGCUCAGAUCAGUAAGAAGAAAGGACCAGAUGCACAAGAUAUUACACAGAUUGCUGCAAGAUCUCUAAUGACUGGGGAGGGAACUGCUCCUCUUGUUGCUUCUAAAACUAUAGCUGAGCAGGUAGCUGAGAAGCUGAAUGCCAAGCUAGGGUAUAAACCUGUAUCAGAGGAGGAAGAUCAAGAGAAUGCAGCAGACAUGUUUAAACGUUAUGAAGAAGAAUUGGAAAUUAAUGACUUCCCACAAACUGCUAGAUGGAAAGUCACAUCAAAGGAAGCCCUUGCACAGAUCUGUGAAUACUCUGAGGCAGGUAUUACAGUCAGAGGUACUUAUGUACCUCCUAAGAAGGAACCUCCCGAGGGAGAGAGGAAAUUAUACCUAGCUAUAGAAGCUACCAGUGAAAUGGCUAUACAGAAAGCAAAGAAAGAAAUCACUAGACUCAUCAAGGAGGAGCUCAUUAGACUGCAAAACUCUUACCAGCCUAUCAACAAAGGAAGAUACAAAGUCAUAUAAGGAGACAUGCAUUAGACACCUCGGCUUUAUUUAGAUAUUCUGAUGUAUCAUGUAAUGAGUACCUCAGUAAAUUUGUUUAUAGAAAUGUCAAUGCUAUCUGUUUAUCAUGUAAUUAUUACCAUCUAUCAAAUCAUGGAAUAAUGUUUUAAGCACACACUAUACAUUUUUUUUAAAACUGCUAUCUAACAGUACUUUUAUUGUAAAAGAAAUGUUUUAUUGAAAAUUGUCAGAAAUAAAAAAUAAAUUGACAGAAAUUAU